UGACCACAUUCAAUACCUUUCAUGUUUUCAUCAUAUAGGGUUCGGUAUCAGUUGCUUUACUAGUGUGGGGGAAACAAUGAAAGGAUGGUCACAUCCUCCAAUUUGGUUACUGGAGGAUUUGAUGCACUCAAGCACAUAGGCCAAAAUGUGCAAAUUUAGAAACCAUCUCUUGCCAAUAGCGUGUUCACCAGCUGUAAUCCGGGUUAAGAACUUGCAAACUAGCAUACGCCAGCGAAAUGACAAAUUUUCAAACAAAACAAAACACAAAAAACAUUCAGAAAAGUAUGUUUUUCACCCAUGUUACUGGACUCCUGCACAAUUGGGCCUAUAUCCUUCAAACUUCAAAGGGAUACUGUCAAGAAGCAAGGGGAGAAUCUUCUGGAUGGUCCUCUAAAGAGCAACUUGAACUAAAUGGUGCCGAAAUGGCUUUACAAUGCGCUAUUGAGCUGAGUGGCUACAAUGUGGAAUUCAAAAGUGAUUUGGAACAGAUUCUUCAGCUCCUAAUUGGAAUGUACGCAGGGAAAAAAGAAGAAGAUUCACUAAUAGCACCAUGUUUGGUGACCAGUCACCAGUACUCCUUAAUUUCAAAGCAAUUUCCUUUAAUCUUCUUAGCAGAUUCGACAACUUACUUGCUUCUAACAUACUAGUGCUCUGCAACAAAGUCGUUUUAAACAACAGUUGAGUUGGGGAAAGCCUGCAUGCUAUCAUUACUUAUCUAUCUCACACCAAGACUAGAUCAUCCAAUAAUCUUUAUGUCCUACCUACCUCCGUAUCCCUAGUGGAAUUUUGAGCAGACUAUGUUUCAGACUACUUUUUUCUUACAAAAGAAACAACAUAUCCUUCAAUAAUUGAAAUCUGAUUCUGAAAAAAUCAACUAACACAAAGGGAGUCUGACAACUGCAUACCUGUACU